CCGCCACUGCCGCCGCCUCAGCAGCAGGAACCGAAGUCGCCGCCGCCGCCGCCGUCGCUGCCGCUGCCGCCUGGGUCGCCGGGCGCCCGCGCGCUGCCUUGGCCGGGGCCCGCAGCCAUGGAGGACUUCAUCGUGAUCUCGGACGACAGCGGCUCCGAGAGCUCCGGGGGGGCCCGCUCGGGCAGGGCGCGGAGGCUCCGCCGGGCCCUGUCUCGGACCCCCGGCGCUCUGCCCCGCCGGACCGUGGACUUCAUUGACUUAACUAGAGAAACCAGACCAAGGACAAAGGAUCGCAGUGGACUCUGUGUGAUUGACCUGACGAGAACUGAAGAAGAAAAUAGACCUAUUGCCACACUUGACUUGACUCUAGAACCUGUUGCUCCCUCCCAGAAAGAGCCAACUAAUCUUCAGACAUGUGCCAGCCUCUCCAGCAAAGAGGUGAUGGAAGGGCGGGUAGACAGAAGCUCUUGGCCUGCAGCACGGAGAAUCAUUAACAGCGAUCCUGUGGAUUUGGAUCUUUUGGAAGAAACCACAUUUGAAGGUCCACAACCCCCUACAUCCAUCAGUGGGAACUCUGUUUAUUCAACAGAACCAAAUUGUAGCUCAACUACAUUCAAAGGUGAUCUUGGCUUCUUGGCAAGCCUACAGCUAUCUUCAGAUGUUUGCUCCUCCUCCCCAACAAGCAAUAACAGUAGCAGCAGCAAUCAGAGGACACCCUUGCCAUGCCCACAGCAAGAUGUGCCUUGCCCACCACAAGCCUUGCCGUGCCCAUUUCGAGCCUUGCCAUCCCCACUGCGAACCUCACCAUGUCCACCACGAGCCUCCUCAUGCCCACCACGAGCCUUGUCAUGCCCAUCACAAACCAUGCAGUGCCAACUACAGGCUUUGCCUCACCUGCCUCAAGAAGUUCCACGCCCUCCUCAAGAUAUGCCAUGCCCACAGCAGACUGUGCCAAGCCCACCUCCAGACUCAUCAUGGCAACCUCAGCACUCACCCAGCCCACCUCAAGACUCACUGUGCCCACCUCAAGAUUCUCCUCUGGGCCUACCUCAAGAUGUACCAGGCCCACCUCAAAACAUAUCAUAUCCACAAGAUGUGGCACAUUUACAAGAUAUGCCACGUUCAUCAGAAGAUGUACCACAGUCACCAGAAGACGUGCCACAAUCACCAAGACACGUGCCACAGUCACCAGCAGACAUGCCACAGUCACCAGCAGAUGUGCCACAGUCACCAGGAGAUGCACCACAGUCACCAGAAAGUGUGCCACAUUCACCUGGAGAAGUCCCAGACUUCCCAGGAGAUAUGCUCCAUUCACCUGGAGAUAGGCCAAGCUUGCCAGGAGACAUGCCACACUCAUUUGGAGAUUUGGCUCCGUUACCACGAGACAGGCCUUACCCUCUCCAAAAUGAUGUACAGAACCAUGACACUCCUAUGGAAGUCUUAGCUCCAUCCUCUCCAAGGUUCUCUCCCAGUCCACAGUCUCCACAGUCUGAAACUUCCUUAGAGAAAGUUCCUUGGCUCUCUGUCACAGAAACUCCAGCCAGAAAAGAGAGAUCAGUGUCAGAGCCUGCUAACCCCAGGUCUGCCCAGGUACAAGCACGAACACCACAGGGUGGGUUAUACAACAGACCAUGCCUGCAUAGACUGAAGUACUUCUUACGACCUCCGGUGCAUCACCUCUUCUUCCAGACACUAAUACCAGAUAAAGACACAAGAGAGAGUAAGGGUCAAAAAUUAGAACCCAUUCCUCAUCGAAGACUAAGAAUGGUAACAAACACCAUUGAAGAAAAUUUUCCCCUGGGGACUGUGCAGUUUUUGAUGGACUUUGUGUCACCCCAGCAUUACCCACCCAGAGAAAUUGUGGCUCACAUCAUCCAGAAAAUCCUGCUCAGUGGCUCUGAGACUGUGGAUGUCCUGAAGGAGGCCUAUAUGCUUCUCAUGAAAAUUCAACAGCUACAUCCAGCUAACGCCAAGACAGUGGAGUGGGACUGGAAGCUGCUCACUUAUGUUAUGGAGGAAGAGGGACAGAAUCUGCCUGGGCGAGUCCUUUUUCUGCGUUACGUGGUCCAGACCCUGGAAGAUGACUUCCAGCAGAUCCUGAGGAGGCAGCGACAGCAUCUGCAGCAAUCCAUUGCAAGCACUGUGCUGUCCUGUGACAAGCAGCCCCACAAUGUCAGGGAUGUUAUCAAGUGGUUGGUCAAAGUAGUAACUGAAGAUGGAUUAACUCAACCCCCAAAUGGGAAUCAAACCUCUUCAGCAACAGGAAUCUUGAAGGCCAGCAGUAACCAUCCUUCUCCCCAGGCCAACCUGACAAAGAACACCAAUCAGCUGAUUGUGUGUCAGCUGCAAAGGAUGCUGUCCAUAGCCGUAGAGGUAGACAGGACCCCCACCUGCAGCUCCAAUAAAAUUGCUGAGAUGAUGUUUGGGUUUGUGCUGGACAUUCCUGAGAGGAGUCAGAGGGAGAUGUUCUUUACUACCAUGGAAAGCCACCUUCUGCGCUGCAAAGUGUUAGAAAUCAUAUUCCUCCACAGCUGUGAGACGCCCACCCGCCUGCCCUUAUCUCUGGCCCAGGCCCUCUAUUUUCUGAACAAUUCCACAUCACUGCUCAAGUGUCAGUCGGAUAAAACCCAGUGGCAGAUGUGGGAUGAACUUGUUGAGCACCUGCAGUUCCUGUUAUCCAGUUAUCAGCAUGUGUUAAGAGUGUUCGCAGUAGCCUCUGACGUAGGACCUUUCAUGCCUACUGAAGCAGAAAAUCCAAGGCCUUGUCAACUGGACCAGAAUGGCUGAGGUACCCUGGCCAGGAGUUCCUCCCCUUGGACAGGCUUGGAUGAAAACCACCACCACUUGCCUGAAUGUCCCCUAUUACCUUAGGAAACUCCAGAUCCUUCCUGCUCCCACCCCAAGUCUUCCCCGUUCCCUCUCUUCAGCCAGUUCUUUCCAUUUCCUCAAAGUCAUUUAGUAUUUUUCAGAGUAGCAUAUGCCUUAAGAAACUCCAUUUUACUGAAGGGUUUUUGUCCCCCUACACCCAGUCUCCAGCAGCAGAGUAAAGCAGAGCACACUCCAGGCUCGGCACCCUCUGGAUACUUCAUUUGCUCUCAAAGGCCAAACUCCACGUGGCUCUGCGGCCAGCCUAUCUUCCAAUCUCAUCUGCUAUGGCUUUCCCUUACCACUCACAUUGUAUCUCUAGUUCUCAAAACAAGCUUUUUCCUGCCUCAGGGCACUUACACUUGCUGUUCUCACUACCUGACCUGCAUUUCCCCCUAGACCUUUGCACAAUUGCCUCCUUCUCAUCCUUCAGGUCCCAGCUCAGAGACCCUCCCUGACUAGAGUGGGCUGCUUCCCUCAUCCCCCAAUACCACUGUUUACCACAGCAUCCAAUUUAUUUCUUUGAUUGUACUCACCAAAACUGUAAUUGUUUUUGCUGGCUAAUUAACUGUUAGGCUUCCCCCAACUAGAGUCAGUUUAUCAGGGUUGGGCCCCGGUCUCAGAGACUGGUGCACUUCCAGAUGCAUUGUCGGUGCUCACUGGAAUUUUUGUUGAUUGAAUGUUGAAGGGGCCCUGAUAGGACAUCUCAAGGCAGUCUUGCUUCCUGUUUCCUUUUCAGACACUGUAGUGUAUUUGUUAUACUUUUUUUUACUUCACCGUUAAGCCCAGUGCUAUAAAUUUAGAGGGACUUUACCUGAAAAGAUACCUGAAGGUUGAAGAAAAACAUACUAAGCAUAUUAUUUGAAAAUGUAACCUACUACAUAUUGCUUAAAAAUAAGUUAAUUCUAUAUUUCCCAUAUUUCUGGAUAAGAUGUAGUUCAGUCCUAAUAACCGUGCUAGAAGAGGUGCCAUUGUCCCCAUGUUAUAAAUGAGGAGAUGAAGAAAGUGAUGUGCUAGCGAAUGCUGGUGCAUCUGGGAGUCCGCAGGUCCUCGGAUCUUUCCUCCAUCCAUUCGCUUUCUCCAUGACUUGUGCUCCUUUGCCUGAACUCCCUGUACUUCCAGAGUCCUAUUGGAGCUGAUCUGUGGAUUUGGAUGAAGACCUUUGUAACUUCUUUUACUUUUCCCCAGUAUUUUUAUUUUUGGAACUACAAAAAGGUUGAACAAGCGGUGCAGUGAACACCCAUUUACCUUUUAUGUUGAUUCACUGGCUAACAUUUUGCCACAUUUGGUUUAUAUAUUGAUCCACCUAAAUAAUUUCUUUUUGAUAGUUGAGAGUAAGUUGUACCAUCAUAAUCCUUCAUGCCCAAAGAUACUUCGACCUAAGGAUAAGGAUAUUCCCAUACAACCACAAUUCAUUAUCGCACUCAACAAAUUUAUCUUCCAUAGAAUAUUCUCUAAUAUGUCCCAGUAAUAUCCUUUAUAGGUGGCUGGUUUUGUUUUGAGCUAGGCUCCAAAUGCCACACAUUGUGUUCGGUUGUUGUACGCUCUUUGGUCUUUUACACACUUCCCACCCUUUCCUUGUCUUUCAUAAUACAGACAUUUUUGAAGAUCCAGGCCAGUUGUCUUGUAACCUAUCCCAUAAUUGGGGUUGUCUAAUUAUUUCUUGUGAUCAGAGUCCUGUUAAAUCCUAUCGGCAGGAACUCUGAAGAUUACACUCCUUCCCAGUACAUGACAGCAAGAGGCAGUAAUAUCAGUUUGGUCCCCUUAUUGGUGAUGUUAAAUGUGAUCAUUUGGUUAAGGUAGAGUCUAUCAGAUUUCCCCACUGCUGUCUUCCGUUAUUAGUAAGUCCAGAGAGUGAAACUUUGAGACUGUGAAUGUCCUAUUCAGCCUUUCACUUAAGAGUUUUAGCACCCACUGAUGAUGGUUCUUACCUGAAUCAGUUAUUCCAAGAGUAAAUUAGAAAGUGGUUACUUUCUAACUGCUUCUACAGUUAUUAACUGGCCUUUUUCUGCAAAAAGGAUCUUUCCCUUCUUCCUCCCCUCCUUUUUUAUUUACUAUGGACUGGGCACUUUUUAAAAUUUAAUGUGUAUAAUCCAUUUUUGUCAUUAUUUUUUAUGACCAUGUCCAAAAUGUAGCCAAUAAGAGGCCUCUUCAGGCUGGCUUGUUCUUUUGACAUGUUCCCCUGUGUGUAUGUGUGUGUGCGCAGGUGUGCUUUCCCCCACUAUUUUUAAACACUCCCUUACUUUCUUAUAAAAGAUGUUCCAGGUUCACCUUGUAAUUUCCUUGCCAUAGUCCUAGAAUCAGCCUCUCCUCCCCAAAAAAAUUCUGGUUUCUCUUGGUAAGGAAUGAGGGAAAGCAUUAAGAAAUCAAGAUCUGGGUGCUAAGUAUGCUGAUUACUACUGGGGUACCAGCUUUUAGACCCUUCUGAGGACAGAGCUAGUAAAUAACAUAAUUUGUUUUAGAAAUAUACGUUCAGGAACACCUGGGUGGCUCAGAAGUUGAGCUUCUGCCUUUGGCUCAAGUUGUGAUCCCAGGUUCCUAAGAUCAAGUCCCACAUCAGGUUCCCCACAGGGAGCCUGCUUCUCCCUCUGCCUAUGUCUGCUUCUGUGUGUCUCUCAUGCAUAAGUAAAUAAAAUCUUUAAAAAAAAAAAAUGAGUUCAUACCAAUACCUCAAUUUCCACUCCCUCAGAAUUCUUCCUCUCUUCCUAUUCUGUAACUGAGUCACUCUUCUCCCGCUGCUGCAGAAGGCCAUUGUCAAAGGGCAGGCCAUUGUCUUCUGAGAUGACUGGCACUGCUGUCCACGAUCUGUUCCAGCUGAUUUUGUGUUUUUAUUUGGUGGGUUUUUUUUUUUUUUAAGUUGUCCUCAAAUCAGAAACAUGAAAGAUUUUGUCCUAAUGUAGGGCAUGAUCCUGACACCCAAGGCCAGCUACCAGCUGGCACCCCACUUCUAUCCCAGAUUGCCUUUCUCCCCAGCUCUCUGUCCAACUGUUGAUUAUGUGAUUCUUCUGAUAAGCCCAUUCUCAAAUGCCAGCGUGUCCAUAUCUGCCCCCUGCCAGCCCUCCCCACUUCUGUAUUUAAAGCUUUCAAGGCCCAAUAAAAUAUUAC